UAAUGUGCCUUCUGAACUUAAUUUGCAGACAACGCAUAUUCCCCAUAAAAGCAACUCAUAUUCGCAAAUGGGACCAUAUCCCCUAUACCCGCUUCCAUCGUAAACCCUCCUUUCAACGCAAAACUACCCUGCAACCCACUGCAGCGAAUAAAACCCACGCUGCUUUAACUUUUCCGGUGAACCGCCCCAACAAUAUACGUCACCGUUUUGCUCGAGCCGGGUCGCAAAAACGACGUCGCCGACCUCCUCGUUUGAAACUGCGCAGAGCGAAAAGUAACAAAGUGAAGAAAAUGCUCGAUGCAUAGUUGCGAAUCCUUGUUCUUCUGAUAGUGAAGGUAGCUUGAGGUUUAUUUUAAUUUAAUUUAAUUCGGUUAGAGAAAAGUGCGGAGAGAUAAAAGAAAAUAGAAAAGGUGAAAAAUUGAAGCUCGGAGAUGCAAAUGGAAGCUAGGGUUGGUGUGGCGGUGGAUGGUGGUGGUGUACGGAAGUUGGUGCAGCCGCCGCCGCCGAAACAUAUUGGGACUGUUUCUCAGCUUCUUGCCGGAGGAGUCGCCGGCGCGUUCAGCAAAUCCUGUACGGCGCCGCUUGCGAGACUCACCAUCCUCUUUCAGAUUCAAGGAAUGCAUUCCAAUGUUGCAACUUUGAGAAAAGCCAGUAUAUGGAAUGAGGCUUCACGGAUUAUCCAUGAAGAGGGGUUUGGAGCUUUCUGGAAAGGGAAUCUGGUCACCAUUGCUCACCGGUUACCUUAUUCUUCGGUUAACUUUUAUUCGUACGAGCACUACAAGAAGUUGCUAAAGAUGGUUCCGGGACUUCAAAGUCAUAGGGAUAAUGUUAGUGCAGACCUUUGCGUACAUUUUGUUGGUGGUGGCCUGGCAGGAGUCACUGCUGCCACAACUACUUAUCCAUUGGAUCUUGUAAGAACACGGCUGGCUGCACAGACAAAUUUUACCUACUACAGAGGUAUCUGGCAUGCUUUACACACAAUUAGCAAGGAAGAGGGAAUAUUUGGCCUUUAUAAGGGACUUGGAACUACACUCUUGACUGUAGGGCCAAGUAUAGCUAUCAGCUUCUCUGUGUAUGAAACCUUGAGAUCUUAUUGGCAGUCAAAUAGAUCGGAUGAUUCACCUGCUGUCGUUAGUCUGGCUUGCGGCAGUCUUUCAGGCAUUGCAUCAUCAACAGAGAAAGAGAGUUUGGUGCAGGAACUGCACCAAGUAUCUAACCAGACUGACCCAUAGAACCAGAGACCAGGUUGGAGUUGUUAUUGUAUCUGUGGCAUAUGACAAUUUAGUAAGGAAAAUGACAAAAAACAUUUUUCUCGUCUUUCUGUAACUUUAUUUUUUAUCUAAAGAUCUUGCUCAAGUAAUCAUCUUCCCAAGUUUUGUUCUAUGACAUGUCUCCCCAAGCUAUGCAGGGGAUUCCAUCAUGUGGUGGCAUUACUUGGAUGAAACUAUAUGAUUCCCUCAGUUACCAAAUGUGAGAGGUGUCCUCUUUGAGCUAUGCUUCUCACUUAGGCUACCUUCACCUGAUGUUUGGAUGGGUACCAGAAUCCUUUUCAGCCCUAAGUGUUUCUGAAGAAUCUGUUCUUGUUGCUUUAAUAGUAUUGCUUUCAGCAUAAUCUAAAUUAUGGAAAUUAUGGCAAAAAAUUACAAUAUAAAAGAAAAAUUUAUAAAUGAAAUUGUCAACAAGGAACGACUGUUCUUUACAUGGGAAAAACACUAAAUCUUACUUAUUGGGGUAUGGAUAUUUUGUGUCAAACUGUAUAUUAUACAGAGAUACUAACCACAUGCAUCCAAAAUAUUCACGCAUAAAAAACUUUAGUAGUGCCCUUUUAUCAAUUGUGUUAAUAAAGGUUCUCUGCCCCUUCGCUACAACAAAUGUAUGUUCAGGUAAGGAUGUGUUUUACUUCAACCCUUGCCUCUUCUUGCCAAUUUUACAGGUAAUGCUUUUACAUGUUUGGAUUUGUAUGCUGCAGCUACCAUAUUAAGAUAGACUUGUGCAUCCAUAAAUUUCUUCUUGUUAAUUGAUCACAAAUUCAGAGGGCGAGCCCUGGUGCAGCGGUAAAGUUGUGCCUUGGUGACUUGUUGGUCAUGGGUUCGAAUCCGGAAACAGCCUCUUUGCAUAUGCAAGG